UUCCGGGUACAGGGGCCCCGACUCAGUCUGUUGUUUAGUUUCCCGGCUCUACUGCUGCUGCCGUCGCUGCUUCGUUCUGUGUGCCCCGUGUCUGUCACCGGGGCGGUGCUGUUUGGCGGAGGGGCUAUGGCUGGCCCCAGGCUUCGGGCACAGUGAGACGGCUGCCACUUAUUUACCGGUGGUCCCCGAGGAGGCGAGAUGCUCUGCGUGGAUUCUGGACACCAGCCUGCAGUGCUGUGACUUAUGAACACCAUGCUGUGGGUGAGCCUGGUAAGAAGCUGAUCGCUACCUGUGACAGGAAGACCGGUGACAUUUAAUCACAGAUCCAUCAUGGGAAACGCCACUACAAAGUUCCGCAAAGCUCUGAUCAGUGGGGAUGAGAACCUAGCCUACCACAUUUAUGAAAGCAACCCACAGCUCAAAGACUCCUUGGACCCCAAUACAUCUUACGGAGAGCCCUAUCAGCAUAACACCCCACUACACUAUGCCUCGCGAUAUGGCAUGGGUCGCCUCUUAAGGGCUUUUCUUCACGCCAAGGACGGCAAUCCAAACAAGCGCAACAUUCACAAUGAGAGUUCUAUGCAUCUUCUCUGUAUGGGAGCCCACAUGAUGAUCCAUGAGGGAGGUGUUGAUCACCGCUUGCUCAGGCCCAUUGAUGACGACCGCAAGAGGUCUGAAUGUCUGAAGAUGAUCCUUGAGUGGAAAGGAGCGAAACUCGAUCACGGGGAGUACGAGAGAGCUGCACUUGAUGCCACUGAUAACAAAAAGAACACACCUCUGCACUACGCAGCUGCCUCAGGGAUGAAAGCUUGUAUAGAGCUGUUAGUGAAGAGUGGAAGUAAUUUAUUUGCUGAGAAUGAAAAUAAGGACACCCCGUGUGACUGUGCGGAAAAGCAGCACCACAAGGACCUCGCUCUCAAGCUGGAGUCCCAAAUGGUCUUCUUACGGGAUACGGAGGCCGACGAUAUUGAAGCAGAAUAUGCUGCGUUAGACAAGCGAGAGCCAUAUGAAGGAUUGAGACCCCAGGAUCUGCGGCGUUUAAAGGAUAUGUUGAUUGUUGAGACAGCAGACAUGCUGCAGGCCCCGCUCUUCACUGCAGAGGCUUUGCUCCGAGCGCACGACUGGGACAGGGAGAAGUUACUUGAAGCAUGGAUGUGCAGCCCAGAGAAUUGUUGCCAACGUUCUGGUGUCCAAAUGCCGACCCCUCCUCCUAGCGGGUACAAUGCCUGGGACACCCUGCCCUCCCCACGUACCCCUCGUACCACAAGGUCAUCUGUCACCUCACCAGAUGAGAUCAGCCUCUCUCCAAGUGACAUAGACACACCACUGUGUGGCAUAUGCAUGUGCAAUAUUUCGGUCUUUGAAGAUCCAGUGGAGAUACCUUGUGGACAUGAGUUUUGCAGAGAGUGCUGGGAAGCGUUUUUAAACCUCAAAAUUCAGGAAGGAGAAGCUCACAACAUCUUCUGUCCAGCCUACGACUGCUUUCAGCUCGUCCCGGUUGAUGUUAUAGAAAGUGUGGUUUCUAAGGAAAUGGAUAAGCGCUAUCUGCAGUUUGACAUAAAGGCAUUUGUUGAAAAUAACACGGCGAUCCGGUGGUGUCCAACCCCAGCCUGCGAAAGAGCGGUUCGGCUGAAAAAGCAGGGAUCUAACACUUCCGGCUCGGAUGCUCUGUCCUUUCCGUUGCUGAGAGCUCCAGCCGUGGAUUGUGGCAAAGGACAUCUUUUCUGCUGGGAAUGUCUGGGGGAGGCUCAUGAGCCCUGUGAUUGUCAAACCUGGAAGAACUGGCUGCAGAAGGUUUCAGAAAUGAAGCCAGAAGAGCUUGCGGGAGUUAGCGAAGCUUUUGAGGACGCAGCCAAUUGCUUGUGGUUAUUGACAAACUCCAAACCAUGCGCAAACUGCAAGUCUCCUAUACAGAAGAAUGAAGGCUGCAAUCACAUGCAGUGUGCCAAGUGUAAAUAUGACUUCUGCUGGAUCUGCCUGGAGGAGUGGAAGAAACACAGCUCUUCCACAGGGGGCUAUUACCGCUGUACUCGCUACGAGGUUAUUAAUCAAGUGGAAGAGCAGUCGAAAGAAAUGACAGUGGAGGCAGAAAAGAAACACAAAAGGUUUCAGGAGUUGGACAGGUUUAUGCACUACUACACGAGGUUUAAGAAUCAUGAACAUAGCUUCCGGCUGGAGCAACGUCUCAUAAAAACAGCCAAAGAGAAGAUGGAGCAGCUGAGCCGAGCUCUUAGUGAAGCUGAGGGUGGCUGCCCAGACACGACAUUCAUUGAAGAUGCUGUUCAAGAGCUUCUCAAAACCAGACGCAUUCUCAAGUGUUCUUACCCAUAUGGCUUCUUUUUGGAACCUAAAAGCACAAAGAAAGAAAUAUUUGAACUAAUGCAGACUGACCUGGAAAUGGUCACUGAAGACCUGGCCCAGAAGGUAAACAGGCCUUACCUGCGCACGCCACGACACAAAAUCAUUCGUGCUGCGUGCCUCGUGCAGCAAAAACGCCAGGAGUUUCUGGCGUCAGUUGCCCGAGGAGUGGCUCCGGCAGAUUCCCCGGAGGCUCCUAGACGCAGUUUUGCAGGCGGAACCUGGGAUUGGGAGUAUUUGGGAUUUUCAUCUCCAGAGGAAUAUGCUGAGUUCCAGUACCGAAGAAGGCACAGGCAGCGCCGCAGAGGAGACAUGCAUGGUUUGCGAAGUAAUACUCCAGAUCCCGAUGAUCACAAUGAAGGCACAUUUGAUGCCCUGGAGGUUCGUGGUAACAGAAGACACGGCACGUCCAUGGUAAAUGAAUUUCUUAUUGUUGACUUCAAUAAUCUCCUUAAUAACUCAUUGUUAAUUUUAUCUGUCAAUUUAUUACACUUCCAGCCAUUGAGUUCUUUGGAUGAAGAUGACCCGAACAUUCUCUUGGCCAUUCAGCUGUCAUUGCAGGACUCUGGCCUUUCCGUGGAUGAAGAAACAAGAGAAUUCCUCAAUAAUGAGGCAAGCUUAGGAGCCAUAGGUUCAUCUCUACCAACUAGGCUUGACCCAGCUCCAAUAAACAUUGAUAACCCAAGAUCGGCAUUAAGUAGCUCAGAGCUUUUGGAACUCGGAGAGAGUCUUGUAAGACUUGGCACCAAUGACGAUCCAUAUGUAACAGAUCGCCUUCUUGGUCGCCCUUUCAAUGAUGUUCAAAGUGGUUUGUGUUCAACAUCUAGUGACCUUGAUUCCUCUAGUCAAGACCCAAAUAUGAGUGAAAAUCUACUUGGAAAUAUCAUGGCUUGGUUCCACGAUAUGAAUCCUCAGAGUAUUGCCCUUAUUCCUUCUGCAACUUCAGAAACUGAUGUAGAUUUACAGCCACUGGGUGCCCAUGAACAGCUGCCACAUUCCUCAAUACAGGAAGGAUCACAGAGUCUGGCUGAGGAGCAUGCACUUUUUCAGGAUGCACUAAUUAACGAAGACCAAGAAAUCCACACAGAAGAAAGCACUUCUGAGGAGAAUGUACCUCCAAGUGAAAUGGUGUCACAGAGCGACGAACACACAAACAAUGUCACGAGCAGUGUGAACAGUUCUGAAGACAUCUCAAGUAGAUCUCCAGAACCUGAAAACGAAUGGAUUGAACAAGUACACUUGGUAUGAACAUAGCAAACCAAAUCCGUUCGUGCAUCAUCCACAACCUCGUGUUGAGGUUCUUUCCCAAACCACUGACAGUUAGUAGCUUGAGCACUAUGACGUUUCAUUAGCUCUCAGUCCUUGAAACCAACUUGAACUUUUCAAGAAUUUCUUCUGCGUUUAAAACUGAAUUUUGAUUGCCUUUUUAUUUUCCACGCAAGAAUAACGUAGAGUGCAUUCGACUUUCUAAUGAAAUGCAGUCGUUAUGUAGCCUUGGUUUGAUACUACUUACCUUCAAUUAUGGGUUCAGAAUUUUUUUUCUCUUUCUUCCUAAUGUACCUCGGAUUUUCCCCAACUGAAAAAACCCUGUUUUAUCACUCCACUAAUAAUGAAUACUGUCUUCAUUUUUGUUACACUUUUUAAGGUUAUAUUUUAAUUACAGGAACAAAUUACUUUCAAGGAAAAACUUGGAUCAUAAAAAAUGCUGUAGAAUGUGAACAUCUGCAAACGUUUCCAGUUCGCUUCUGUACACUGAUCCAGUCACUUCAAUUUCGUAUGCUGGUUUCUAUCCAUAUUGGGUCACUCUACCAAUCAAAGAACUGUCUCGGCUGCAUAUGCAUAAGGAAUGCAUUUAAGCCAAUUAACUGACUCAUAAACGUUUAGUAAGUUUAAGGCAAGAGACGUAGUGAUGGAAAAUAUUGUGAAGAAUAAAAUCCAACCCUGCGGUAUA